CCUUUUCAAUUUCAAGCUUCGGUUCUUCUUCUGAAAACCAUGCUUUCUCGAAUCUAUAGGUUUCGACAUACUGGCAGCUGCGGCUUACCUUCUCUGUUACCAGUAGCUGUUUCCGGGCCUCAUUUAUCUGAAAACUCUCUCUUUGGUUCAGUUGGAUUUUCUAAAGAUGAUGAAGCAAUUUCUACUGCUACCAAGCUUUUUUUCAUUAGUGGAUCAUGGUCUCAGUUUUGCUAUUCAACAAGUGCGACCGUUCAUUCUCAGAACCCUCUCUUGUCGUACUACUUCAUCAAAUCACGGGGAUUCUCCAGAUAUGAAGCAAAUGCUGUAGCUGCCAAGUUGAACAGCGUGAAAGCACCUAAGAAUCCUGAUUUGGUAAUCAAAUUCUUCCAAGAGAUGGGUUUAGAACGGACAGAGAUCGAGAAAUUAGUUUCUAUUACACCGAGACUGCUUUUUUCUGAUAUAAACAGAACCCUUAAACCCAAGUUUCAGUGUCUGCGAGAAGUGAGGGUAUCUGGAUCUGACCUAGUUGAUCUCUUCCUAGCAGACGGAAAAGCUUUGUAUAAUGCAGUAGGUUCUCAUUUGAGGUCUAAUUUGGAUUUUCUAAGGAAACUAGUUAGUAGUGAGGAGACUUUGGUUAAACUUAUAAAGAGGUCACCUUAUUUACUUGCUGUCAAUGUUCCAAAAAGAUUUGAACCCAAAAUAUUGUUGUUGCAAAAAUUUGGUUUUUCAAAUGCCCAAAUCGAGAAACUUAUACUUCAGAAACCACGUAUACUUCUGCAAAAAUAUGAGUGGCUAGAGGAGAUAUUGCACAAAGCUGAAAAGGAUUUACAUAUUUCUCCCACAUCUGGAAUGUUCAUGUACGGAGUUCUUGCAGUUAUCGCACUAGGUAAGUCAACAGUGGAAAACAAAAUGGGAGUUUUCAGGAGUUGUGGAUGGUGUGAUCAGGAUAUAUUGACUGUGUUCAGAAAGCAACCCCUUUGUUUGGCUAUGUCAGAAGCUAGAAUUCUGCGAGCAUUGGACAUUUUCACGAGGGUACUCGGAUGCAAACCAGAAUACUUGAUUAGUAAUCCUGCGCUUAUAAUGCUUAGCCUGGACAAGAGAGUGAUUCCUAGAAAUCAAGUACUGAAAGUUUUAGAGGAGAAGAAGCUGAAUCAGAAAGUAUCUUUUUCUCGAGCCAUGUAUAUAUCUGAACCUAUGUUUCGUUCAGAAUUCGUGCUUCCUUACAAGGAUGAGAUACCUAAUCUAUAUGAGUCAUAUGUGACAUGUGUGAGCCGUUAG